AUGAUUUCUCUCCAGCUUUGUACCUGCGAUAACUACGAUCCAGCACCCACUGAGUGUAAUGCCACAGCCUGUGAAUUCGAUGGCAUGAUUAAGGAGGGGCUUCCGCUGAUCAGGGUGUGCUUGUUCAUCCUUCGUCCCAACCAUCCUUGGUCCCCGGCGCCACCCACUGUCAUCACAAUCAAUGGCAAGCCGUCAACAUGCCUGCUAGCCACUCUGGCCCGUCAGGCCCUGUUCAACGUCCUCGCCCAGCGUGCCGCACGGAUCGGGAAAGCCGCUCGCUCGUAA